AAGAUGGGAUUAUUCUAGAACUUCUGGAGAGUAUGGAGAGGCUUGAGGAGGAUGUUGGUGAGCUAUGUGAGCUUCUGAGCCACUUGGAAUCAUCUCCAGGAGAUAUUCAAACUCUUAAUUCAGCUGAAUUAUUGGCGAGAUCUGUGUAUGGCUUAUUAUCUGAACUUAGAACAUUAAACGAUGAUUUUCCCUGGCUCAGUUUUAUCGGGACUGACGGACUUUUCCCCAAACUCAAGAAGAUUGCAGGAGAGAAAGAUUUUGCCAACAUUCUGCAGGAUGUUCUCCGUCUACUUGUUUUACUCCUGGAGAAGAAUCCUGAGCAGUUCAAGCAACACCUCGCAGACUUUCAGGUUUUGAGCGAUUCUCUGUACUUUAUGAACCCUGCUGCAAAGGUGAAGGUCGAGGGACUAAAAUUACUUCAAUUCUGUAUUCCAGGCUUGAAAGAUCAGGAUGUUUUCGACGCGGAAAAAGUUGCUGAUCGAUACUUCCGAGAACUGGCUCGUACGUCGAAACUAAGUUCAACGGUGUCGAGUCAGCUCCGUCAAAUGUUGGCAAGAUUAUGUCAGUUCUACCCAGUGAGGCUGAAGCCGCUGGCAGACCGAAUACUAGUGAACUAUAUUCAGUUCUUGAAGGGUUGUAUCUCUAGUAAAUCAGGAAUACUUGAUCUCACUGUAUUAGAAGGAACUCUUAUAGGUUUGGAUUUUCUGCUGAACGGAGGGAUUCUAGACCCAGAGGAUGUAGAGAACCUGGAAACCCUGUAUGAGGUUCUCAAGAAGAUCUGUCGGAUGCCAGACCACGAGGCUCAGGUGAGUAGAAGAGGAUCAAUGCGUGCCGGACUAGAACUCUUCUCUGCACAUUCCUCACUGUUCUCCAGGAUUAUUCUUGGAGAUGUCAAGUUCUGGUUCCUCGAGCUAAGGAAAUGGUCCAACUCCAAGAACCCGGAUGAUCACAAGAUCGGUUGGAAAUCUUUAUCGGCGUUGUUCCGUUCCGUGAGAGAAGGUUUAUCUGGGAUUGAUGCUAGCUCCAAGAAUAUCCCGUUCGUCCUCCAGUUUUUAACUGACCAGUUUCAAACAAUUACCCGGAGUAAAUAUUCGUCCCACAAGGAUAUAAGCCUUGCUAUCCAAGGAUACGGAGAGUUUGCUGAACCUCUAGCAAGGUUCCUCUCCGAGGAGAAGUAUUUAAACCUUUGUCUGGAGGUUCUCGGGCAGACAGAGCAAUUUCAUAUUGAAUCCUCCCAAGAGGAACAAGAGAAAUGGAAACUUCAAUUCCCAAGUCAUCUUAAAUCGAUCGCAGUGAUGAUCUCAUCCCUCACAACCACCUCCAUCAACUUGUCCUUUUCCCUCGAGGUUCUCUCCUUCAACCUCGUGAAGAAGUUCCCAGUGCUACCUCACCAAUAUCAUGGGUUCGCUAUCCAGGCUCUGCUCCAGGUAUUCCAGUGCACUGCUGUAUCUGAUACAAUGCUGGAUAAUGUGAUCUACCAGACCGUGAUAGAAUCCUGUUCUCAUCCUGCUGUAGGAGAAACACAGAUUCUUGAUCCAGAUGUUCUUACAUUCAAGAAAUAUGUUCCGCUUUGGAACGGGAUUCUUCAGUCCGGGAACAAUCCUUCCCGUUCCAGAAUCCUGGACUCCUUUCUGAGAAGUAUAUUUUUGAUUGUUGAUAAACUUGAUCUCACGGUUGUCCAUGAUGGAGAGGAUGAAGUCCAACCUGAACCUGAAGAGCAGAGUAUGGAGAUAAGUCUGACCCAAAGCGAUGUCGACGCUGUCCGUUCCGUCCCAAUCCCAAGCAUGGCUCCGGUAUUGGGUAAACGAGCUGCAGUUGUCAAGGAUUACACUGUUCUGGUGAAUCUGGUGGAUAUCUGUGUACCAGUUUUAACCAGCUGUCAGGAUCUGUUAAAACCUUGGCUCCCAAGGCUCUGGUAUAAGAUAUCCGUCUGGGCCUACGAGCACCAGGACGUGAGUAGUUUCUACAAGUUUGCCAACAAAUUGCUGGAGCUCGACCCCGUCAAAUACAUCGAACCCGACACUGAUCUGUUUACUUUAAUCCUUCAGUUCCUUCAAGAGCAUCUGCAGAAAUCAUUGAGUUUUGAUCAGGUUGAGUUGAGGAUAUCGGCGUUCAACCUCGUCACAAAUAUUCCAUUGAAGUUCGUCCCCGGACUAUUUUCCCUUCUCCCUGACGCUUGGAACCAGAUAUUUAAACUCUCCUCGAGCAUCCCGGAGCUAGCAAACUCAGCCUUGAAGUCAAUACAUGGUUACCUUGAGACUUUUCCAGAAUCAGAGUUGGAACUUAUCCUGGAAAAGGUUCUGCCUAAUCUCCGAGUCUAUCUAUCAUACCAGCAUCAGACCUCAGAGAAUGCGGAGAUAAAGAUGAGGAGACGUCGUGCACCAGUUGUAAAGAGGACCCGGAGAAAUCUGAAAGAAUCUGAAGGAAUUGCGAAGAACUAUGAAGAGGAAAAUUGUCAGUUAGCGCUGGGAAUCCUUGCAAAGGUUUCCUCUAAGCUGAAGUACCUCAGUCUCCCAACUAAAGAGGAGAUAGGACGCGCUGCUGUAGUUUGGGACCAACAGAAACAUCUCCUAGUAGAGGUAUCUCUACGUGAUGUCAACCUCCCCCUCUACCUUGAUCUCCUUCUACCUAUCACCCUGGACCUUGUUGAGAAGUCGGUUAACCGCAACACCCGGGUUUCCGCUGCGGAGGUCCUUCACGCCACACUCCUCUUCAUGAUCGGUAAAACGUCUCAGCAGACCGAUGAUUAUGAAAAGAAGUUUCCUAUGACGGAAUUGUUCCGCCGAGUGUUCCCGGUUAUUCUUAAGCUCUGCUCCGAUCCAGAUUCCGUUAUCCAGGGACUUUUCCAGCCUCUCUUCUCUCAGAUGAUUCACUGGUUUACCAAGGAACGAAAAUGUGGGAGUUUGGAAACGAACUGCUUGCUCAAGGUCCUUUUGGAUACUGUAUGCGAGGAUGAAGACGUGUCAAGGAAGCAGGAUGCUGCCGGAUACAUCCAGGAGUUCAUGGUUUGGUCAAUCAAGCAGUCAGGAUCCAGUUCUAAGAAUAUCAACAUUAAAACUGUUCUGUCUAGGUUGGAGUAUUUAUGGAAACAUCCUGAUAUAGGGAAGAGACUGGGAGGUAGUCUGGUGUUUAAUAGUAUUUAUAGGAUAUUCCGCGAGGAGAAGAAGCUUGUGUCUGAACAUCUGCUGGUGAUCCUCUCCUCCAUCUUCACUGCGAUCAAGAUCUCCCACAACGAUCCUCUGUUUUGCGGAACUAGCAGUGCUAGUCUUCAGAACUUGGAACACUUGAAACGCAUCCUGUUUCACUACCUUCCUCUGUUCCAAACUAACCCUGGAGAAAGACGGAUUCCGGUGGGGUUCUCCGGGGGCACCCUUGCACACAUUCUCGACUGGUUAAUUGAUCUAACAUUUCUGCAGCUGACCGAAGCUAGACAUGCUGCUAUGACCUUAUACCACGAAAUUUGUCGCCGUACCUCUACCUCCGCUGCUCAGCCAAUCCUGGAGAAGUUUGGAACAAUCAACAAACUUAUUCUCAGGGUUGAGCACGCUCUGACACGAACUGAGGCAGCAGGUUCCAUCGUCGAGGUUCCUGGAGGUUCUUCGGGUACCUCAGGACUCAGUCUUAACACACUCAUGGAGUUCCAGGCACUGUUCGAGUCCUAUAACUGGAUCCUAGGCCAAAACAUCUGCAGCAUGGAUGAACUGGAGAAGAUUGAGAACUCGAGGAUUAAAGAUCUCACCAAUCUCUUCAUCAAGAAGGUUUACGGGACGGAGGAAAUAGAACCUGAAGGGAUGGAUGAAAGCGGAGCUGAAGGAAAGGAUCCACUAUCUCCUGGAGAACGAAGACGACUGGAGAAGGAGAAAGGAUGCACAAUCAUUAGGUUGUUUACGUUUCUGACCUCAGUUCUAAAGCUGGAGAAAGGAAGAAACCUCCUCUCCGCACAGAAGGAGUUUGCCGUCCUUCUUACACAAACCAUUAUGGAACCGGAGAAACUCGGGUUCAACUUGAAAUCCAACCAGGACGAAGAUCAGUUUGUAUCCUGCUAUAUUGAACUACUGAGAGCAGUUAGAUCCUCAUGGCCCGAGUAUUUUAGUAAGCUGGAGAACUUUUUUACCAAGGUUUAUCAAGAGGAUGAAUUAUUUAGCCCCAACCAUCUUCUGGUGGGGAUUAUUGAUGGAAACCCCAACAUGCAUGCUGUCAAGACAUACCUACGCCUGACUAAACACAAAAUGCUUACUUCACCGUGGAAUGGAGUCCAGUUGUUAAACGAACUCCUUUCUAAGCUCCCAGAGAAAACUCUAAAUAAGAUUUCACCGGAUAUUUUAAAAAACUUGGAAGUUUUUAUUCAAAUCAUCCUUGUUGAUGAAUCUGAUUCUGAACAUAUUGCCGCCCGGCUGAUGGAAAUAAUAUCCUCGGACCGGGAGAAGGAUGUUUGGUUUAUUAGAACCUUCUCCAUGUUGUGUCACAAACCCAUCCUGCUUAACAUGCAGACGCUCGUCAGUAAAGGAGUUCAGUCCGGAGAUAUACUUCAGUCUGUUCAAAUGUUAGUCAACAUAAUACUGAACAGAAAACAACCAGGGUUAGGAAAAGAACUAAUUAGCCACGUGAUGCAGCAUUGGAACUCGGUGAAGGGUAGUAUCAACUCCAGGACGGAUAUUCUCAGAACCAUCUUUCUUCUCCGAUCUUUAUCAAAGGUUGCUGAGUUUAAGGAUGAAAACACAAAGCCGGCUGUUUCCUGGUUCUGCAAUCUACUCAAGAAUCCUAGUAUUGAACUGAAAGUAAAGUAUAAAGGUUUCCAAAUACUCGGAUUGAUGCUCCAAUGUACUGAUGGAAAUGAUAUUAAAGAUGCAUUGCUCUCGUUCAGUUCUCUACAUUUCCCAGCAACAUCUACUGAGCUUGUACCCAAUAGUGCUGCGUACAAUCUGUACAUGAGUGUAUUCAGACAGCUUCUGAGAACCCUUGAGAGUACAAAAUCUCCAACCCUUCUCUACUUUAUUAUAUCCAUAGCUUGUCGCGAACCUUGUCAUGUAUGUGAGGAUGAUAUCCAAUCUACUUUAUCCAACCUGAUAUCCAGGUCCUCCUCAGACCAGCAGUUCGAGCUCAUCACAGUUCCCUACACCAUAUUUAUUGACGACUCCGGGUUGUUCUCAGCUCAGGUCAGGCUGUCUGCAGUCUCCAGGUUUGCUGUUCCCUCUGUCCAAACUAGUUUACCCGCAACAAUCCGGAGAUUUUUCUCUGAAAAUAUGGAAAGUUUGCUGCUUAACGUUGGUGUUGAGGUUCUAGGUUCGGAGGAGAAGCGUGCCUCUGUCCUCAUCUCAAAAAUUGGAACAUUUCAACUCUUUGGAGUUCUUUACUCCAGACUUGAUCAGAGCACUUUACACAAAGAGUGCGGUAUUAUUGUAGAGCAAGCUAAAGCAGUUUUUAAGAAACAUUCACUCCUCCCACCCCAAAAGGACGGAAAGGAUUUGGCCAUAUAUUUACUCCCGUAUUUAGGGGAUUCCAGGCAGAAACUAUCUGGGUUGGAAAUAUCGUCAGAGGUACUGAGACCGCUUUACCGUAAGUACCACUGCGCUAGGCUGAAUUGUUGUAUUGCCAUCACAUCCUGUACAAACUUUAACGUCAACGCCUACGAUACUUUUAUCUUCAGGGAGAAUAAGAAAAAGAAUCAAUUUAUCUGGUCUGAAAUUAUUGAUAUCUCUCAGCCUAUCCAUCUAGGCUUGGUCUUGGAUAAAGAGUUUUUCAAGAGGAAACACCUAGUCACCGUCCGACAGUCAGACUCGAGCUCUUCUGCUUUAGAUAUUGGUUCUCAGUCUCACUACUUAUCAGACUCGAGUCUAAGUCAGGAUAUCAGUCACUAUGAUUACACUGCUAGCUUAACCCAAGGAGUAACUAUUGAGGUUCGUAAGGAUACACCUGAGCUUGUGGAACCUAUCAACUACAUUGAGAUUGAGGAAGAUGCCCUUGGUGCUCAUCCUUGCAUGGCUCAAUUGAUUGCUGUAGCUGAACACAUGACAGCUUGUAAUAUUUACAGUACACCAACAGAAAACUUUUCAAAUACAACACUUCCUUCCUGGAUGCAGUCUAUCCAUGAUGUUCUGGUGGAAGGUAGUACUCCAAGAAAUGUUAAACUUUUCAUGCUCAAGUUUAUUUACAACUGUAGCGAGAUUUUCCUUCCAUUUUGUAUUAACUGGUACACACCGAUUCUUGAGUGUAUUGUAGACGGUACCUUAAGCCCUGAAGGUAAAUUAAACUAUCUCUCCCUGGACCUUCUCACCAUGACACUGUACUGGUCGGAGAAAACAGGAACCGUUCCAACCCAGAACCUGGUUGUCUCCAGAAUGCUAACACUGAUCAUGAAAAAUGUGUACCAUGAAGAGAAAAGAAUAUUCAAGGCUAACAUUGAGAUGAUCCGCCUUGUGAUUGAGAAGUGGAAAGACUGCUGUGUGGUUUCAGCAAAUUUUUCUGUAAUUGAAGAUUUGUUGGAGGCGAAUCAAGGUGAUCUUUCUCAUUUUGGAGCUUUAAAAGUCCUUGCUGUUUUUCUUGGACAGCAGAUGUUUGAUCGUGAGCGGUUGGAAACCCCGGGACUUUGCCAAAAAAUCUGCCAAACGUUCACCUCUAAGAGAAAGGAGGUGUAUCAAGCUGCUGGGGUGGCCACAGGUCUUUAUCUUACCACCCUCCGAUCUAAUCAAAAUGUUUUUGACAAAGUUUUAAAUAUUUUCCUGAAAGCCUUGUCUGACAUGUCAUUAAACAGUUCUGCAGAUACCAGGAGCAGGUUUAUCAUAAUCUUGCAUGGUAUUCAGCAAUCCUACCCACAGAUCUUGAUUAGUCUGGCCUCCAAGUUCCAAUACUCUCUGAAAACCUUGGUUGGGGAAGAUCUAAGUCUCUGCCUGGAAAUGAUGGUAUCUCAUGCUUCAGAACUUUCUCAACAUCCACAGGUCCUACCCACGGAGCUUAACAUGAUUGGAUUGAAAAACUUUCUUCAAAGAAAUGAUCCUUCAAGUCAAAGUUUGGCACUACAGAUAUUUAAAAAAUGUCACUCUGCUCUUGAUGUUGGGGUCAGAAAAGAAUACUACGAGCUACUCAAAGAUUUUACUUCUAGUAAGUACACAGAACAAAGAAAGCAUCUUUAUGAGAUUUUUAAAGAUGGAUAUCUAGACCCAACUAAUGCAGAUCUCAAAUCAUAUUGCCUGGAACAACUUAUGUUUGGACUAACGGAUACAGAUGAAGGUUUAAGCGAAUUUUGUUCCAAUUUUUUUAAUCUUGAGUUUUUAUCUUCUGGAGACAGUUUGGAUAGAAUGAGAAAUAUCCUUCAUCAGAUGUAUUUUCAUGAGCAUGAAUUUGCACUGCUUGCAUUCCUGCCAGCCUCAAUCUUGAGUUUGGCUGCUUUAAGUCCAAACUACUCAAAAAAAGUAUUCUCUGAUCCUCUGGAUGAAUGUCAUUUUAUUGAAUAUCAUGUUGACACUAACUGGAGAAUGCAACACUCUGCAUCCCUCAUGCCAAUGUAUGCAGACACUCUGAGCAGCCAAUCCCAAGGAUCCUCUCAAACUCAGUCCUCGCUUGGAAUGCUUAGAGCGACAUUGGCAACUAUGGAAUUCAGUCAAACCCAGGCCCAAGGAAACCUAAACAACAAGACAGUUUUUCCAAACCUUUCUUCAAAUGGGACUCCAAUGUCAGCAAGGCCUGGCCCUGGAUACCGACGAUCUACAACUCCAAUGAAGGUUGGUAGUCUAGUGGCUGGAAGAAGGUUUACUCAAGAACAAAAGACUGCUGGAUACCAAAAAUCCACCUUCUCUAAGAUAGCUGAGCGUCAGAAUGUUAGGAAACGGCAGUUGGAAGAAGACCAGUUAAAAGCUUCAGAAAAAAAUGUUACUUUGCUCCGGAGAUAUAGGAAAGGUGAUCUGCCUGAUAUACAGAUACCCUAUUCAGAUCUUAUUGCACCAAUUCUUAAACUAUGCAAACUGAGCCCUGAGCUAUCUAAGGUUCUGUUUAGUGGUGUGAUCAAAGGUUUGUUGGACGUCAACGCUGAACUCCUAAAUGACGAAGGACUGGAAGAAAUCAUGGAAAUUUUCAACAACAUUUUUAAUAACACUACUGUUGUAAGCACUGAUUUCAUUGGAUGCCUUAUUGAUGUUUGCAUUCAUAUGAAUCCUAGUGAUGUUUUGGAUACCAAGAAGAUAUCCAAUAUCUGUCUAAGUCCAGGCCUGGAGCAGAUUGGUAUUCUCUUGCUGGAGAAAUAUUUAAUCUACAGGAAAGAUAGCGCAUUUGCUGGGAUGGCAAAGAAGAAAAAGAUAACUUCACAAGAUCAAGGUAAAGUUGAAUACUUGAUCCACCUUAGCGACCUCUAUAGAACUGCAGGGGAGCAUGAAAAUGUUAAAGGGUUGUUCAUACAAAAUUCUCAUGAAAUGAAUGUUCAUGAAGACACAAAGUCCGCCCUAAACUUUGAGGCUAAUGGUAAUUGGUCUGAAGCCCUGAAGGUUUACAAAAACCUGGUGGAAAACUUGGACCUCCAGGAGAAUCAUCUGAAACAGGAGGUUGAUAUUUGGCAGAAAGGAUUCUAUCAAUCUCAAUCUAAACUUGGUAAAUGGGAUGCUGUGCAGACUGCAGUUUCUAAACAGUUCAAUAAUCUUGAUGAAAUAUGGAAUGUAUCGCAUAAGAGCUCUGUUCUCCAGGCAUUCAUGUCAAGUUCUAUGCACUUAUCAGUAACAAAGGAUUCCAAUGUUCUGGGUUACAACUUUCUUAACAAUAGUCUUACGGAUAAAACCAAGUCUUCUGUUCUCUCCGGGACCUGUGCAUUACAACUAGCUGUUCUAUUUGGAGCAAGAGGUAAGUUGUCGGAUGGGCUCCGUAUAUGCAAAGUUGGUAAAGAGUCUAAGCGCCUUCAGUUAUUUAGUCAGAAUAUUUUGCUUAGUGGUGAUCCAAUCUCUGAACUAUUGAAUCUGCAAGCAUUUUGUGAACUAGAACAAUACCUGACUCAGCUUAACCUAUCCAAUCCAAAUAAGAUUCUAAAGCUAUGGGAGCAGAAUGCUCCUGUCUCUAGCACUGAUUUAAAUGAAUGGGAUAACAUCCUCACCACAAGAUGCCUAUACAAUGAGAAGAGAGAGAAGAAGAUGGAGGAUGAGGAUUCAAAUCUAUAUGAAAAGGCUUUAGGUCGGUGUUAUGCCAAUCUUGCCCUGUCUGCAGUUUAUCAAAAGAAUGCACUCUUUGCUCAGCGAUGUUUGAAGAAACUAAAACCUUUGAUGGAUGGUGAUGUGGAGUUGGCUCAGAUGAGAUCUUAAAUCAUUUCAAAAGUUGCCAUUCUGAACUUCACUACUAGAAGUGAUUUAACCGCUGUGGAUAACUUCUGCUUGUUAUUCAAAUCUAUGAACAGCAGUCAACUGAGUGAAGAAAACCGAAAUUUAGCUGUUUGGAAUAUUCAUCAGAGAGAUAUCAAUGAAUGUCUGUUCACUAUUGUUGAUAAAAACUCCCAGUUAACCCCCUCCAUUCUCAGAAGACAGAUGAAGACAGAUCAUGACUUGAUGUGGUUCUCCAGCAAGUAUGGAACUGUAUCAGAUGAUAAUUCUGCUCUGAGAUCAGUUCUUAUGAACCAGGUACUUGAAAACUACCGUGAUGCAGCAGAAUCUGGAAAUGCUUCCCCAGACCAAGGGAAAAUGCUUCUUGAAGGAUCAACUUUUGCCCACCGUCUUUUGACAGCAGAGGGCAACAGUAUUGAAUAUGGGGAGCUAUGUGUGUCAUACCAUCUGAAGUCCAUGAAAGCUGGCUGCUUGGCUGCUAGAGAGUUAUUUCCCAGGAUUUUAAGCCUUGUCUUGGAAAAUGACAUUGCUGGAAAAACGUUUGAAGAUAACUGGUCCACAGUUCCUUCAUGGAUGUUCUUGCCAUGGAGUAAUCAGCUGAUCUCAUGUCUUCAUAAUGAUGAAAUUAGCAAAUAUUUUACUCCAGUAGUUUCUAAAAUGUCAGAGGAUUAUCCUGCUGCUGUUCUCUACCCCCUGAGAUCAGCAGCAUCAAACCCAGAUUUAUCCGACAUUGCCAUGCCGAUAUUUUAUAAACUGACCGCCAAGCUGGUCGUUUCCUCGGUUCAUGAUAGUAUCUUGCAAGGGUUGGGACUGCUUGUGUUUCCAAGUGUUGCAAUCAAUGAUCUAUUAAAAUCCUGCAAAGAACUCCAGUCCAAUUUCCCAUCAUAUUGGAUGCAGAAAGCCAAAGAAGAAUACAAGGAUUUUAAAGUCAGGUAUCUCUCGAAAGACCCAGAUGUUGAAAGUGCGUUUAAGACGCUGGAAAAAACUUUUGGUGCAAAGCUAGAUAAAGCGUUUGCUGGGUCAAAACUUCUCCAAGACCUAAAAGAAAUCUAUAAGGAGGCCGAUGCCAAGUUCAGAUAUCCAAAAUUCAAUCCAUCCCAGUUGAAGACCUUCAGUGCGUUUCUAGCUAAUUUCCUGGCCUCGGACCAUGUACAGACAGUAGAGGUCCCCGGGCAGUACACAGGGUUCUCACGGCCUGAUACAACACGUCACAUUACCAUCUCCAGCUUUGAACCGGGGCUCAAUGUAUUCCCUUCUCUCCGGAAACCAAUGAAGAUUAGUAUGCUUGGCAGUGACGGGAACAGAUAUGGGUUUCUGGUGAAGGCUGGAGAGGAUCUCCGUCAGGAUCAGAGAAUUGAAAACCUCUUUGAAAUAUGUAAUAUUUGCCUGGCACAUGAGUCUAGUUGUAGGAGCAAGGAUUUGAAUAUUAAAACUUACAAGAUUAUUCCGCUGACUCCAACCCUGGGCCUUAUUGAGUUUGUGCCUAACACUAAACCAUUGAAAGAUUUAGUUCUGUCUGAUCGGAAAGCCGAGACGGAAAUCUUAGAAGCAAGAAAUGCGUAUAAAGUUGGGAAAGAAAAUACUUCCGAUGAUAUCCGACGGAAAUAUGAGAAAGCAGUUGAGUUGGUGGAGAAAUAUCAUCUUAAGAACUCAAUUCUAAAGAUGAGCUCCAGUAUGAACGGGUUCUACUAUAUCAGGAAGAACUUUAUCACGAGCUAUGCUGUUCUCUCUGUCAUGCAAUGGAUACUAGGUAUUGGUGACCGGCAUUUGUCUAAUUAUCUGGUCUGCCAGAAGACUGGAAGGGUUGUAACUAUAGAUUUUGGAUACGCAUUCGGUAUAUCAACAUCAUUCCUUCAAAUCCCGGAGCUAGUUCAGGUUCGUCUUACUCCGCAGAUAUUAGCAGUUAUGGAACCACUCGGCACUCAUGGACUUUUCAGAGAGACGAUGGUUCAAGUCCUGCGGUGUCUCCGGGAGCACCCUGAGAUGUUGAUCUCAGCACUCAACACCUUUCUGCAGGAACCAACCCUGGAUUGGAUAAGAUCAGCAAACAUUGAAGCCAGGAAUAAGAAAAUUAAGAAGAAAGAGGAAGAUCAUAGAGAAGAGUUUCCGAAACAACGUGUUGGGAUGACCAGGCGUAAGCUGGAAGGAGUGCAUCCUAGUAUUAUAACCUGUGAAGAACUCCGAGCUGGAGUCGAUAAAUCGGAUUUAAAUAAACUAGUUUCUGCAGUGGAGGGGGAGAGAUUGAGCACAUCGGGAAAGAGAAAGGAUGCUCUGUGUGAUGAUGAGACAGGGUUGUCUCCGAGUGAUCAGGUUGAUAUUCUGAUACAUCAGUCAACAGAUAAAAAUCUACUGGGUCGGAUGUAUGUUGGUUGGGAUCCAUUCGCCUAAACUCUAUUCUUCAUUCCUGCUCGAAAAUACUCUUUUAUCCGCUAAAUCGAUCUUUUGCGCCGCCAUUUUCGAAUUAAAGUAAAUCUCUUUUUUUAAGUUUGUUUGUUACUGUACUAACUAUAACAAGACCGUCUGCACGAUGCUCAUUGCGCAAAAGAAUGUUUUUUUGCAACAAAAAACUUUUUUAUCUCAUGUUGUGUGAUAAUCUAAUUAAUUCUGGUGUGAAAAUUGAUUGUGAUAUUACUAGUGUUAUGUCUUAAAGAGCUGUGAUUGAUUGACAUUACCCUGUAUUGCAGGCCAACGAUUUUGUGAUUUCAAAAUUUUGAUCAUUUUGUCGAUUAUUUCA